CGGUGAGGUUGGGGCCUGAGCGAGGCCCGUGUGGGGAGGCGCCCUUGCAGUGCGGGAAGCGCAGAUUCCUGUCUGGCCACCUCCGGCUCCUCCUGCUUGCCCUCGCCGGGCCGCGCGUAACAGGCGGGGGUUGCGAGAGGCGGGAAAGGAGGCGAGGCGAUGGCGGCAGCUGCUGGCGGGUUCAGAACUGUGGAACCUUUGGAGUAUUACAGGAGGUUCUUGAAAGAAAACUGUCGCCCUGACGGGAGGGAGCUUGGUGAAUUCCGGACCACCACUGUCAAUGUCGGUUCCAUUACUACCGCAGAUGGUUCUGCCCUUGUGAAGCUAGGAAACACGACUGUGAUAUGCGGCAUAAAAGCGGAAUUUGCAGUGCCGCCUGUUGAUUCCAGCAAUAAGGGAUAUAUUGUUCCUAAUGUGGAUCUGCCACCGCUCUGUUCGUCAAGAUUUCGACCGGGACCGCCAGGGGAAGAGGCUCAGGCAGCGAGUCAGUUUAUGGCCGACGUGAUUGAAAAUUCACAGGUAGUAAGGAAAGAAGAUCUGUGCAUUGUAGAUGGGAAGCUGGCUUGGGUCCUGUACUGCGAUAUGAUAUGCUUGGACUACGAUGGGAACCUUCUGGAUGCCUGCAUGUGUGCUCUGCUGGCAGCUUUAAAGAAUGUGCAGUUGCCUGCUGUUCACAUAAAUGAAGAAACUGGUUUAGCAGAAGUCAACCUGAAAGAAAAGACUCCUUUGACUGUCAGGAAGGAACCGGUGGCUGCAUCGUUUGUGCUGUUUGACUCACUGGUGAUUGUUGACCCAACUGCAGAAGAGGAGGACUUGGCGACCGGCACAGUCACAAUCGUCACUGAUGAGGAAGGCAAACUGUGUUCUGUUCAUAAACCAGGCGGGAGUGCGCUGACGGGGGCCAAACUUCAAGACUGCAUUGGCCGCACAAAGACGAGACACAAGGAAGUGAAGAAGCUGCUGGAUAAGUUGGCCACAAGCGUAGAGGCGACGUAGGCAAUCUAUCGGGUCCCAUUUGGAAAGCAGAAUUUGUUAGAUGUAUAUUUGCUACAGCACACAGAAACUGGUUAUUUCAAAUGCUGCGUUUAUAAAGUCAUAGCAAAAUAUUUUUCCACUGUGGAAUAUAAUA